UUCAAAAGUCUACUACUCCGUGGCUUAUACGAGCAGGUGUAAUUACAGUGGAGGAUACUUGGGUACCUUAUGAGAAUACGAGAGGAUCUGUGUUGACUUUCACGUGUAUCGCGAUCGCGUAAUCCCCAUCGUUGCUCGUCGUUUGUCGCUUUGUCAUCUCGUUUGACGAAGUCAUCCAACAUAUGGCCUUGAUAGAGUGGUGGUAAACAUUGAAAUCUGUAUAAAUUAAGCAAGUUCUUUAGAGAGUGCCCCUCAAGUUCAUUAUGAAUGUGAAUUGCGAGUACACAUCGCAUGGUGCGUCGUCGUAUGUAUUUGUUUCUUUGCUUGUUUUUUUCUGUUUUUUUCAUUUUUUUGUUUAUUUAUUUAUUUAUUUUUUUGGCCAUAUAAAUACUUAAAUGCGAUAAUACUCAGUGAUCGGAGAAUUGAUGCUUGAGAAAUUAAAAACAAAAAAAAUAAAAAAUAAAGUUGACGGAAUGGGGAAGAAAAAAUAAAAUUUCAAAAAUGGUGUCGGUGUGUGCAUUCGUACUCGAAUCUGAUAUUCGUGAAAUGGGGUGCGUUCGCGAGUUUUCAUUGUGAUCGGUGUAGUUCGACCUUUGAGUGCCUCUAAUCCUUACCAAUACGCCACAGGAUUUGUGCCCAUAGGUUCCACUUCCUAAUCGUACGGUUGUUGUGGCAAUUCGCUAGUGCCAUUGGAUUUAUUUCGCUGUCAGCGCUAUUUUACGCCAGUGUUUCGUGAUUCGCUUACUAUUAAGCUCACUCAUGUGAAUGGAAAAUGCGUCGUCUGACGAUAUUCGCAGGAAUUUUCAAUUUAUGCUUCAUUGUAACGUUAUGCGCGGAAAAUCAAAUGUUGAAUGCACAACAGUCGGCUCAACAAUCUACUCGUAAUGCGGUUCAAAAUGAACGCCGAACCAAUGUCCCCCAAAACACAUUACCGCCACAAAUACACAGAAGAAUGGGAGACAUCGCCGACUACGGUGGUGGCGACAUCGACCCUAACGAUCCCCCUGAACACCGCGAUCAACACGAGCCGUUAAAAGGAUACUGGAAAAAGAAGCUGACAUGGAAGGCAGACUGGGUGAAAACAUAUAAGCUGGGCAAGAAACAAACAUGGAAGCCGUCAUGGAAACAGGUAUGGAAGCCAAUUUGGACACAGAUCAAGAAGCAAGCAUGGAAAGAUGUCCAAAUACCCGAAUGGAAGAAAAUAUUCAAACCGGUAUGGGUACCUAUAUCAGUUCUAGCAUGGAAAGAAAUCCCAGUACCACGCUGGAAGAAGUACUUCAAGCCAAUCUGGGCUCCAGUCUCUGUGCUACAGUGGAAAGACGUCAAAGUGCCAAACUGGAAAAAAGUCUACAGGCCAAUAUGGCAGCCUGUCAAAAGGCUAGCCUGGAAAGAGUACCAAGUGCCGGCGUGGAAAAAGAUCUGGAUACCGGGCCUGGUCAAGGUCCCUGUUCCUGGACCUAAACAGCUGGGAACUGAUCAUAAUGGCUGGGAAUACAUAGCACACGAUAUGUGGAAGAAAAAAGUCGUCUGGAGACCGCAUUACAAGAAGGUAUACGUCAACAAAAAGAAGCAGGUAUGGGUACCUGACAAAAAGCUCGUCUGGAAAGAAGAAUGGAAACAAGUUUGGAAAAUCGCUAAGAGACAAGUAUGGGUGAAGGAUAAGAAACUAGUCUGGAAAGAAGCCUGGAAACGAGAAUGGAAAAAGGUCAGGAAACAAAUAUGGGUUGAUGAUAAGAAAUUGGAAUGGAAAGGAGGCUGGAAACAGGCUUGGAGGACUGAGAGGAAAGAGUUCUGGAUUCCGGAAAGGAAAUUAGAAUGGAAAGAAGAUUGGAAACAGGUUUGGGCGGCAGAUGUGAAGGAAAUUUGGAUACCAGGGUGGAAGAAAAUAUGGAAGCCGGUGUGGAUAUCCGAAUGGUUCCCAAUUCAAGAAGAUCACCAUCAGCGUUAUGACCAUGACCAAGACCAACAUAGCAAUGGUUGGGAUCAUCAAGAUACUAUGGGUACUGCUGCCAGAGUGAAACGUCAGCUGAAUGUUACUGCUGGACGUAUAUGUAUUUCUAAAAGGGGUCAAAUUCAAUCACAGAUAACACUGCAACGAUGUCGAUGACAAUGAUGAUGAUGUAAUGACUUUGUAAAAAAAAUCACUCAAGACUGAUAUUCUAAGUUUCUCAACUAUUUAAGUACCUACUGAAGUAUAAUUGGCAGACUACAUAGGUACUCGAUAGGUAUACUGUAUGUAAUGUACGUAUAAUAAUGCUACAAACUUUCAUAUUUUGCCAUACAGCAUCAUAGGUAGGUACUAUAGGUACCCUACGUAAACAUGUUCCUUACUCGUUGAAAGAAUUUACAACUAUGUACUAAUAAAUUCUACUAUAAAGUACCCCACAACAAAUACUUACCCAUUGCCUACACAAACAAGAGGAUGAUGACAAUGAAGAUGAUGAUGACGAUGACGAUAACGAUGACGACAUCUCAGUUCGGCAUAUGCCAAUAGAAAUAAUUGCAUCCCCCCCCCCCCCACAAGAUCCUGUAGGACAACUUCUUUCUUAAAGAGGACAUUCUAAGAAAAAUUUUGAAGUAGGUAAACUUACCAAAAAAAAGUUGGUCUUUAUACUAACAAAAUUUCUGGUCAUUCUGAUAAGACAGAUCAGUCAAAAUCGUAGAUUUUGCUUUCCAACAUAAGACUCAUUCGAAAUUUUUUGAACUGGACAAAACUAGAUUAAAAGAGCAUGCAAAACUUCAUCAUCAACCAACAUUUCAAGUGCUAUUUUUUGAUUUUUGGUAAAUUUUUGAAAAUCAAAGUUAUACUAAAAAUGAAACAAAAAUCAAAAUUUCACUGAAUGGACCUAAGAAAGCUAAAAUUUGGGAUAACUCCUUUUUUUGAUCCUGCCGAAUUGAUUGGAAACGAUUUCAAACCGUUUGUGGAAAUUUCAAAUUUCAAAAAUCUACUGGAGGCUUCAAGAAUUUUCAAAAAAUUGCUCGAAGCUUCAAAACGACUAGAAUUCGCCAGCAGUCGUCUUAAAAGCGUGUUUAAGUUGGAGUGCAGUGCAAAUUUCGGAUUUCCAACUUCAUUUGAUGAAAUCUUCAAGUUUCAAAAAUUUUCUGGAGGCUCCAGAACUGCUUGAAACUGUUUGAACUAUUUUGGACACGAUUUAAAAGCGGAUUUCAGGCAGUUUCAAACCGUUUUGGAGCCUUCAACGGUUAUUUGAAAAAUUCAGUUUUUCAAAAAACGCCACAAAAUCUGUUCAAGUGAACUUCAGGUUUCCAACUCCAUUUGAAAAAUUUUGUGAGAAUUUCAAGUUUGAAAAAUCUGCUGGAGGCUUCAGUAAUUUCCAAAAAGUUUUUGGAGGCUCGAAAACGACUUGAAAUUCACCAGUAAUCGAUUUCACAGCGUACUGAAUUCAGUAUGCUGAGUGAAUUUCGUUUUCUCAACUACAUUCAAGUUUCAAAAAUGUACUGGAGGCUCCAGUAAUUUCCAAAAAGUCGCCGGAAGCUCCAAAACGACUUGAAAUUUACCUGCAGUCGACUUCAUAGCGUUUUGAAAUUAGUUUUUUCAAGUUUUGAAGAUAUACUGGAGGCUCCAGUUAUUUCUAAAAAGUCUCUGGAGGCUCAAAAACGACUUGAAAUCCGCCUGCAGUCGACUUCAUAGCGUAUUGAAAAUUUAAAUUAGUUUGCGGGAUUAAUCUCGGCUAUCCAACUCCAUCUGAUGAAAUUUUGUGAGAAUUUCCAGUUUCAAAAAUAUGCUGGAGGCUCCAGAACUGUUUGCAAAACGGGUUGAAAGCGUUCCCAAUCGAUUUGAAAGGUCGAAAAUAGGAAAUAUUUCAAAUUUACCAGAUUUAAGCUCUCUAAGUAGCUUUAAAAAUCUGCUGAAGGCUACAGAAAUUUCCAAAAAAUCGCUGGAAGCACCAAAAUGCUUCAAAUGUACCAGAAUUUGACAUACCUAAUAUCGUGUUUAAGUUGGAACUAUGAUUUUCAAAUUGCAUCUGAAGAAAUUUUGUCAGAAUGUCAAGUUUUAAAUAUUUGCUGGAUGCUUCCGGAAUUUAAAAAUAUGCUGGAGGCUCCAGAACUGUUUGCAAAACGGUUUGAAAGCAUUUCCAAUCAAUUUGGAAGGUUGAAAAUAGGGAAUAUCUCAAAUUCCAGCACUCUAGAUCACGUCAAAAAUUUCCUGGAGGCUCCAGACAUUUCCAAAAAAUCACUGGAGGCACUAAAAGGACUUUAAUUUACCAGCAUUCGAUUUAAUAACGUGUUUAACUUGGAAUUUCAGCUUUCUAAUAGCAUGUGAUGAAAUGUUGUCAGAAUUUCAAGUUUCAAAAAUCUGCUGGAGGCUACUGAAUUUUUAAAAAGUCGCUGGAGGCUCCAAAACGACUUGAAAUAUUCAUGUGCAGUUCACUUCAUAGCGUAUUGAAAUUAGUUUUCAGGAUGAAUUCAAAUUGUCCAACUCCAUUUGGUGAAAUAUGAAAAUUUUUUAAUUUAAAAAUCUACUGGAGGCUCCAGAAAUUACCAGAAAUUGGCUAUAGGCUCCAAAACGACUUGAAAUCCGCUUGCAAUCGAUUUCAUAGCGUAUGUGAAAUUAGUUAGCGGAAUUAAUAUCGGCUUUCCAAUUGCAUCUGAUGAAAUUUGGUGGGAAUUUCCAGUUUCAAAAAUCUGCUGGAGGCUCCAUGAAUUGCUCAAAACGAUUUGAAAGCAUUUCCAAUCGAUUUAGAAGGUCGAAAAUAGGAAAUAUCUCAAAUUUCAGCUCCCUAGGUUUCUUCAAAAACUUGCUGGAGGCUCCAGAAAUUUCCAAAAAACCGCUGGAGGCACCAAAAUGACUCAAAUUCACCAGCAUUCUACUUGAUAACGCGUUCAAGCUGGAAUUUUGGUUUUUCAAUCGCAUCUGAUGAAAUUUUGUCAGAAUUUCAAGUUUCAAAAAUCUGCUGGAGGCUUCUGGAAUUUUAAAAAGUCACUGGAGGCUCCAGAACGACUCGAAAUAUCCAUCUGCAAUUCAGAAUGAAUUCCGAUUGUAAAACUUUAUUUGGUGAAAUUUAAAAAGUUCUCAAUUUAAAAAUCUGCUGGAGGCUCCAGAAAUCUCCAAAAAGUCGUGUGAGGCUCCAAAACGACUUGAAAUUCUCUGCUGUCGAUUCCCCAUUCCAACUCCAUUUGAUGACAUUUUACAAAAAUUUCAAGUUUCAAAAAUCUGCUGGAGGCUCCAGAAAUCUCCAAAAAGUUGUUGGAGGCUCCAAAACGACUUGAAAUUCGCUCCAGUCGACAUCACAGUGUAUUGAAGUUGGUUUAUAGCAUAAAUUUCCACUUUCCAACUCCAUUUUGAUGAAAUUUUACAAAAAUCUCAAUUUUCAAAAAUCUGCUGGAGGCUCCAGAAAUUUUCAAAAAGUCGCUGAAGGCAACAAAAUGACUUAAACCUACCAGCAGUUGGCUUUAAAACGUUUUGAUGAGUUUGGAGUGCAAGGUAAAUUUCGAAUUUCCAACUUAAUAAUGAUGAAAUUUUAUGCUGGAAAAUAUGUCAUGUUUCAAAAAUCUGCUGGAGGCUCCAGAACUACUCAAAACGGUUUGAAACUGUUUUCAAUCGAUUUGGCAGGUCGAAAAUAGUGUACAUCUCAAAUUUCAACUUUCGAGGUCAAUUUGGUAAAAUUUUGAUUUUUUUCUCAUUUUUGGCCUAAAUUUGAUUUUCAAAAAUUCAUCAAAAAUCGAAAAUUACAAUUGAGCACUUGAAAUUUUGGCAGGUGACGAAUUUGUGCAUGCUCUUUCUAUCUACUUUUUCCAAUUUAAAAAAUUUAGUGCGAGUCCAAUUUUUGUUACUAAGUCCAACUUUUUUUUGGCAAGUUUGCUCUUGUCUUAAGUGUUCUUUAGGAUGCACCCUUAAAAAAAGUUGUUGCAGAGGAUGGGGAGGGGCUAAGUACAUACCUACAUGUAGGUAUACCUUACUAGUAAUAAUCACGUAGGUUGAUUCGAUACGAAGAAUUUUAUAUCCUUUUGAUUUUGUUACCAAAUAAACAAAAUAGGUACAAUAUUGUAUUAUUGUGCAAUAACUUUCAAAACUUUCAACGUUUUAUAUUAUUUGUUUGUAUUAUUUAGUCGAAUAAAAAUUUAAACCAAACGAGUACCUAUAUUUUCAAUUAUUUAUUCGC